AAACUAAAACGAAUGUCAUUUUAGAUUCGAAAUGCUACGUGAAAGAAAUCUAAAUUCUACUCUACAACCAGCCAUGUUUUUGUUCGAUCGUCAUUCUGUAGUUGACUAUCAUAAGGACGACGCCCUACACGUAGCUAAGGAAGUCUGCAGAUGUUUCGAUGAAAACAAGGACAACUACACAGACUUUACCGUCAACGUUGGCAACACCAAGUUCAACUGUCACAAGUUUGUCUUAAGUUCCUGCUCUGGUUUCUUUGAGGCUCUCAUGAGGACAGAUAAGAGAUCAAAAUCAGAAUCAAGUUGUAUCAUACACGGAAUAACGCCAGAAAUAUUUGGUCUUAUACUGGAUGUUUUUUAUAAAGGGAAGCAUGUUUUAACUGAAGAAAACAUGGUUGAAAUGUGGCACGCGUCUACUCUACUGGAAAUCACAUUUUUAAUUUCGGAUUGUGAAAAAGUUGUGAAAGAUAAAAUAAAUUUACAAAAUUUCUGGCAAAUAUUUAUUGAAGCUAAGCUGUUGGAUUCUGUCGUCGUUUUGAAGAAAACUAAAGAGUUUAUGGUGGAUAAUUUUCAGAAGAUUGCUGAAUCAGACGUCUUGAUGCAACUUUCUUUUGAUGAUUUGAAAUAUAUUUUAAAACACGAUUGGUGUCUUAGAACUGAUUAUGUCGUGCAGGCAGUUUUAAAAUGGACGUGUUCAGAUGACUCUCAUCUGACUAGUUCUUCUAAUAAAUGUUCCAGCACGUCACAUGGGAAAGAGAUUGCUUCGACAUAUGACCAGGAUAACAUAACACUCCGCAGGUCAUACCUUGGUCAGUUGUUUGCUCGAGUUCCACUGAAACACACUUCCACGGAGUGCCUGAUCAAACUUUUGAACAAUAAAUUUGUCUUGGCAAAUUUUGGUGCCAUAACUCAAAUAACCAGGGUCGCAUCUAUUAGAGAAGUCGCCACAAAAACAAAAAUUCUUAACGUAGAAUCCAAAACGGCGAAUCAACGUUUUAAGACAGCUGAUGGAUUUCUAUUCUUCAUAUUUGUUCUGUACAUUUUGAAUUUCUCUUUUGGUUUUCAGUGCUGCUAAAGUGUUAAAUUAACAUACUAACUGUGCUGUUUAUAAUACAACAAGUUUCUCUGCUGCCAUACACAAACUACCCCCCAUCUACCCCUAAACCUAUCGAUAUUUAAAAAAAUGCUACCCAUUGCAAUUACUUUCUAAAGCACAAGUAUCAUUAGGCCUAAACAUUUGAUUUUAUAUUUUUAAAAACAAUAAUUUGAUUGUUUUCCUUUUUGAAAACUACAACGUAGAAUUUUUUUAUAGUAAACAUGUACAAACGUAUUUGGAACCACUCAUAAGUAUUUCUCAAGCUAAGUUGACUAACGGCACAGUUAAAAUAGAAACUUGACCACUGCCUUUACUGUAAUUAAAAACCUAUAUAUUCACAGACAAAAAAAACGCAUAUGUAAACACACACAAAUUCACACUUUUUAUAUUAUUCAAUUAAGUUUAUGGCCCAAAAUUUGUAGAUUUGUUUCAUGAAAUUUGUAAACAUGAUUAUUUAAUAAGCUGUCAUAGUUAGGCCGUCAAUCAAGUUUCGCCAUAAAAGAUUAGUAUUUGUUUUUAAGUGCUAUAGAACUGAUUUAAAGGAUACACAACGCCCAAUGAAAUAAGCGUAUCUGAUAUAAGGAAUUGAUCAACACUGAAGUGAACACAUUUUGAUUGUGAUCUACAUCAAUGACUGUAUGCUUCAGUGUGAUGUACAUCAUUGACUGUAUGCUUCUGUGUGAUCUACACCAUUUACUGUAUGCUUACGUGAUCUACAUCAUUGACUUUAUGCUUGAAUGUGAUCUACAUU